GCUCGUUCCUGCGGCUUCUCCUCAGACGCUAACGCCAGACGGUGAUGCCUUUUGGGUUGUGACUCCGGCGAAGAAACUUGGAGAAGCCCUUUGCCCGCCGUCCUACUUGGCAGCAAAACCUCUCCUAGCAGCGAAUGACCAUGUGUAGCGGAGCGAGGCUGGCCCUGCUGCUCUACGGGAUAAUAAUGCACAGCAGCGUCUACUGCUCACCUGCCGCCGCUGGACUCCGGUUCCCCGGGAUCAGGCCAGAGGACGAGGCGUACGACGAGGACGGAAACCCGCUUCUGGACUUCUACGACCCGGAGCCGCCAGGCGCGGGGAGCCCCGCCUCCGCGCUCUACUACCCCGCGGAGAGGAGAGAUGUCGCCCAUGGGAUCCUUAACAAGGCGUACCGCAAAGUGCUGGACCAGCUGUCCGCCAGGAAAUACCUGCAGACGCUCGUGGCCAAGAGCCUGGGUGGGAACCUGGGCGGCGGCGCGGAGGACGACUCGGAGCCGCUCUCCAAGCGCCACUCAGACGGAAUCUUCACGGACAGCUACAGCCGCUACCGGAAACAAAUGGCUGUCAAGAAAUACUUGGCGGCCGUCCUAGGGAAAAGGUAUAAACAAAGGGUUAAAAACAAAGGACGCCGAAUAGCGUAUUUGUAGCGAUGCGUUACCAGCUACCCUGUGUGUACAGCCCUGACACAAUGAAAAGUCAUUUUCCCAACUGACUGAACGGUCAUCGCUCAUGUGUUCUAUCCAAACGUGUAUUUAUGUAUGAAGUAAAGCCAUUAAAUGAAUAUUUUGAUAAUAAUAUUGUUUUUCUUUUUACAAAGCACUAGAGAAUGCACAGAUAUACUUUGUGGACCAACUAUUGAGAUAUAUAUAUAUAAUAAAUAUAUAUAAAGAAUAUAUAUAUAUAUAAGUAUAAUAGGGAGCAGUUCAUACAAAGUGUGCACAAGAUUGGAAAUUUGCCUGAGCUGUUUAUGUUUUUAUAUAAAAUAAAUAGAAAAAUAGACAAUCAUUGUUUUGAAUAUUACUCCUAUUUUUGUAAACUGGAAUUAAAAGGAUAGUAUUUUUAUCCAUGACAGGCCUGAAGAUAUUAAUACUGACCAUUUGUUACUGUACAUAAACAAUGAUGCCCUGCUCCAGGGAGGUUUUGAGGUGAUGAUUUGGGAGAAUUGCUGAAGGGCGGUCUUUCCUGGUGAGUCUCCGGGGGCAGGCUGCUUGAGUCCCAGCCGAACUCACCGAGGCACUCUCUCCCUGACUGGGUGCCAAUUCCAAUACUUCUGCUUUCUUUGAUUCUACUUUUAUGUGUAUUUGUCUCUCUUCAGACUCUCAGCCCAGAAGAAAAUUCUCCUGAUAAAACAACAGCUCGAUCCAAAUUAUGCUUCUCCCCAGAAUUCACACCACUGCCUGGGGGAAGAGUGGGGGGAUUGUACUGAGAAGGGGGACUUAGGUAGAAAGCUCCCUUUUCUGUAUUUCCAGGGAACCCAAUAUCCCAAGGUUAGGGCAAUUGGAACAAAGUGAAGGAAAUGUAGGCAUAUUGGACGAGGCAGAGCAUAAGGCAGUAGGAGGAGGACCCUGGUUUGGGGCUGCCCCAGGUCUGGGACACUGAGGGCAAGCCAAGUCCCACUGGAGGUCCCCUGCCCGAUUGACUUUGGGUGCUGGGUAUUGGAAAUGGAUGCAAAGUACAAUGUGUUUUUCUCCAGUGCUGUCCAUGCUUCUCAUCUUGUGAAAUGGCCAGGAUCCUCCCCUUUGAAUCCUGCUCUGUAAGAGCCACUGUUUUCCUUUGUGGUUUUCUGAAGACCCCUCCUUCCUACCCUCUUGCACUGUUUAAGUACCGUUUACCAUUUUUCAUUCACUUCUCUUAAACUUGUGAAUGCUUCUUUUUUUGUUGUUUGAUGCGAGCACUUACUGUAAAGUUUAGGAAGUCCUGUGUAGUUAUCACUAAGUAAUUAUGCACUAAAUAUGAACCUUUUGUUUCUUGUUUAUUGAGUUUGUAGGUAAAAUGUAUUUUUCUACAUUAUGGCUUAUUGCUUAGUAAAAUUUAUUUCAUAAAACCAACCUUUGUCAUAUUAGAAUGUGUAGUGUUCACAUGUUGCUCAGUUUUACUAACUGAUAAAUCAUUUAAACCUCGUCUUCAUAUGUAUGAGUACUAUCUUAUAUCUGUGGUCAAGAGUGAGGUAAGCAAGCCCCAAGAGACCCUGAGAACUGCCCCCUUGUAUCCUUUCUUGGCUACAGAAAGCAUGUCUGUCUGUUUCCUAUCAAUUCCUUGAACAUGUCUAGUAAUCUCUAUAACCAAAAGAACUUUCACCCAGCAACCAGAUCAAACAACAACAGGCAAACCAGCCAACCUCCCAAAUUUCAGGCACAAAUUCUUUUGAAAAGGGGGGGGGGGGGAA